AUGGUUGUCGAUAAGAGAGUCUGCAACCGGCUUGCAAUAUCCAUAGGACAAAUUUCUUCCUACUCUAAGAGAGUCUGUAACCGUCUUAAUACCCUGUACAAAGUAGUUGCAAGAUUACUAGUCAGGCGUCUUAAACCAAUUCUUCCUACUCUAAUUGUUCCAAAUCAGACAGCUUUUGUCAAAGAUAGGUUGAUUGUGGAGAACACUACCUUGGCUGGAGAUCUUGUUAAUGGGUAUCACAGGAGGCAAGGUCCUAAAAGAAUCACCAUUAAGGUGGAUAUUGCGAAGGCUUUUGAUACUAUCUCCUGGGAUUUUCUGUUCAACUGCCUGCAGGGUCUGCAGCUUCCUCCUCUGCUCCUAGGAUGGCUGAAAGCUUGCGUCUGUUCGACAAAUUUCACCAUUGGGUAUAAUGGCAUGGUUCAUGGAUACUUCAAAGGCAACCGUGGUCUUCGCCAAGGCGAUCCACUGUCCCCAUAUCUUUUUGUAAUUGCGAUGAAUGUCCUUUCUAUCAUGCUAAAUCGUGCAGCGGCAGAAAUGAAGAUCAAAUAUCACCAUAAGUGCUCCUCCUCAAGGCUCACUCACCUAUGCUUUGCAGAUGACCUUUUAAUCUUCAUUGAUGGAUCUAUUGAUUCUGUCCAGAAUGUCCUCCAAGUGCUAAAGGAGUUUGAGCUUCGUUCAGGGCUUGCGGUCAGUGUUCAAAAGAGCUCCUUCUUCUCCUCUGGUCUCACUCAGCAGGAAGUGGACACCAUCAAAGCGUCUACAGGCAUGCCAAAUGGAAUCCUUCGUCCAGUGCGAUAUCUUGGAGUACCGCUCUGUACUAAGAAGCUCACCAUUGCCAACUGUGAGGUCCUGAUCCAACAAGUGAAAGCAAAGUUUAAUUCAUGGACAGUGAAAACUCUUUCCUUUGCCGGAAGGCUGCUCCUUAUUAAAACAGUAAUUGCUGGGAUCACUAACUUUUGGUGCUCAAAUUUUCUACUUCCUAAAGCUUGCAUUGCGCGCAUUAACUCUCUAUGUGGUAUGUUCUUAUGGAAAGGCUCUAUUGAAGGUCAUCACUCUGCGAAAGGAGGUUUGGUUUGGGUUGCUUGGUUCAAGUCGGAGAUUCUACAGGGUUCGCUUUCUAACUUCUGGACCGUCAAAACUAGUGUUUCAAACUCUUGGUUAGCUAACAAGUUAAUCAAGAUGCGAGGAGAAGACCGCUUCGCUUCAACUCUGGCAUCCAGACAGGGGAUCCCUAUGGCUGCUACCCUAUCGAAUCUUAACAGAUCGGGCAACUGGUUACUCUCUCGAGCGCGCUCGGAGGCAAUGAUACAAGUUCAGGCAGCUCUAACAACUAUGGUUCUGCAAGAGGGAAUUGAAGACAGUUAUGAAUGGAUUGUGGCAGGAGUACCAUCGGGAAAAUACAAAACUUCACAAGUAUAUUGGGAACUGAAGGGAGAAGAAGGUAAAGUACCGUGGGCGAAGGUGGUUUGGACAAAAGGAGGAAUCCCAAAACACAGCUUUCUUGUGUGGUUAGUUGUGUUGAAUAGAUGUCCAACGUGUGAUCGUCUCCUUGCUUGGGGACUGUCGGUGGAUAGUAAUUGCUUGUUGUGUAACUUGGAACCGGAAUCAAGGGAUCACUUGUUCUUUAGAUGCCCCUUCUCUAUGAGAGUUUGGUCUGAGGUCGGACGCAGAUGUUCAAUCACUACCACCCCCUCUUGGCAAGAUACAAUAAACCGUCUGAUGGCACUAACUGGGGACAGGCAUGCAAAUCGCCUCAUCCUCUUAUGUUGGCAAGCGGUGAUCUACUAUUUGUGGCGUGAGCGGAAUCAGCGGCUCCAUAGUCAGCGAUUCCAAUCAUCGGACACGAUUAUCUCCUCCUUGGAUCGUCUGAUUAAGGACAAGAUACUGAGCUACAGAUCUUCAUCACCGUCCCUAUCCUCCUCUCUCAUGCAAAGGUGGUUUAACACACAGCCGAUACCUUAA